GCGUCUUUAUAGAGGCAACGCUGCUCAGUAGACUAUCUAAACUCGAAGAUGAUCAAGCAGCAGCCGAUGGAUUACAACCUCCUUCGACCAGCCUCUCUGCAUCCUUCACCUCUCAAUCACAAGAUGCACCAGAAUUCCCUGAUAUCCGGGACCUGCUUCAGCCGUAUAGAAGAACUACUUCCGCUGCCGAGCUGAGCCAUCCCCCGCCAGCAUUUCCCUCGUAUCGCUCACCUCUAUCAAUACGAGCUACAACAUUCGACGGAAAGACGGUGCUCAUAAGGAAGAAGCCAAAAAAGUUCAGUGUACCCUCGACGCAUGAUAGCCGUCAACACAGAUACGGAAAUCUGCUUGACGUUCCAAUACAUCGUCUCAUGGAUGAGAUAUCUUUAAACGAGGCGCGGAGAAUAUCAAAAGAAGAGCGACAGCCUCAGGUGCAAGCUCCCCAACCGACAGAAUCGACAUUGUGGGUAGAUCGCUACCGUCCACAGCGGUAUAUCGACCUGCUGGGUGACGACAGGCUGCAUCGCGAGGUAAUGGCAUGGGUUAAGGAGUGGGACUAUUGUGUGUUCGGGAAGAGGAAAGGCAGCAAACGGGCAAGGGAUGAAGAGAACCUUGAUGAACACCGGAGACCAAAGGAGAAGAUCUUACUCAUAUCCGGACCCCCGGGUCUAGGAAAGACCACGCUUGCGCACAUAGUUGCGAAACAAGCUGGAUACAGCGUCUUCGAAGUAAAUGCCAGCGAUGCCAGGUCAGCGCAAAUCGUGGACGAACGUAUAAGGCCUGCGCUUGAGUCUGGUGCGACCAUUGGGAGCAGUAGGCCAACGCUUCUGGUUGUAGACGAGAUUGACGGGGCCACCGGAGGCACGGAUAGUUCGGCAGGCUUCAUUCACAGAUUGGUACAUUUGAUUCAUGACAAGCCAAAAAGGAGAGCGAAACGCGGCGAGCCACAGACCCACCGACCACUCCUUCGCCCUAUCAUAUGCAUCUGCAAUGAUCUAUAUGCAAGUUCUCUCGUCAAGCUGCGACCGAAUGCACGGAUCGUGCGUUUCAACAGACCAAACGACUACCGCCUUGUCAACCGUCUACGGGAGAUAUGUGAACUGGAGGGUCUUAAGGCGCAGUCAUGCGCACUGACGACGCUUGUUGGCCUCGCACAAGGUGACCUCCGGGGGUGCCUGAAUACACUUCAGCUUAUCAGAGCGCGAAAUGAAGAGGUGACCGAGAACGUCAUACGGAGUGCGACCACAGGGAUGAAAGAGGCCGAGGUCUCGCAGACAGCAGUGCUAAACGACCUCUUUACGCCGCUGCCGCAUCGACGAGCCAAAGAGCUUGGGCUCACCGAAGACGACCUUGCACGGUAUGUCGGCCGCCUGAGCCGCACAGUCGAAGCAAGCGGGGCGCCGGACAGGAUCGCCAUCGGCUGCUUUGAGCACUACGCGACGCUCAAGCGACACGACGCAAGCUUCGCGCGGUAUCUGAGCGCGGACGAGUGGCUCACAACGUACGACGCUUUCGCGGGCGAGAUGCGUGCAGAACGCGAAUAUGCGCUAGCGCAGUACCUGCCAUACCUACUUGUGCCGUUUUAUCCGCUCUUUCAUGAGCGUGGGACACCGAAGGUGGAAAGACCGAAGGUCGAUUGGGAGUACCGCACGCACACCCAAGUGAACGAGGAGGUAUACAAGUCACUCGCCAAGUGUCUCAUAACAGCGGGGACGCGACACGGUGGGGCUUACCGCCAUCUCGCCAGCGACGGCGUGCUGCAGCUUGAGCUUGCGCCAAUGAUUAACAGGAUUAUUUCGCCGCCACUACGACCGGUCAAUAAACAAAUUGUGAAGCCCGAGGAGCGAGCCAUCAUGUCUCGUCUUGUCGACAUCAUGGUUGCACUCGAGUUGCGAUUCAUCCAGGAGAAGUCAGAAGACGGCCAACUGAUGUACCGACUCGACCCACCAAUAGACACUUUCGUGACGUACGACGGCAAGCGCGCAGCGGACAUUGCUGUUUCGCGAUAUGCUGUUAGGCAUCUUGUCGCCGCAGAGAUUGACGCACAGCUAAUCAAUAAGCAGGCCGAGGCAAUAGACAGAUUGAAGGGCAAGGCCCACAACUUCUUCGGUGGCGAAGGAGAGCCCGCUGAGCCGAACGUCGGCGAAGGCAAGCUCAUGGCUGCAGACCCCGUCACGCAUGCCGCGAAGCGUGCGCGUCACGACCAGAUCGUUGAGGAAAAAGUCCCAACGGACUUCUUCGGGCGCCCUAUCUUGCCCAAUAAGGAUGGCGCGGGUAAGCCUGUGAGCCGUGCGGGCAGGGCGGCUCCUCCAUCUAGGCCAGCGGUGAUCUACCGGUUUAACGAGGGUAACUCGGCGGCGGUACGUAAAGCAGUGAAGGUGUCUGCAUUUUUGUGAGGACCAUACAUGCAUUGCAUGUACUGUUCUUUGCAUAAUUUAUCUGAAUGAUUCCUUGACAUAUUCUCUUGCAAUCUUCCAUGUUCACCUUGCAUGACC